GACCAGCAGUCCAAAGAGAGAGAGACAGCUUAAAGAUUAGGAAGUAGGACCCAUGCCGCCAUUAAUAUCCCCUUCUACCAACCUUCCUCUCCUCUCCUUUCACUAUAUUGAUUAUAAACCAAUGCUAAAGUUAAGUCAAAUUUAGCUCUUUCCUUUCCUUUGGCAUUUUUUCCCUCUCAGCUUCAAAGAAACCUCUACAACAAACAGCCAUCAUCUUCUUAUCUUUCCUACCUCCUGACUUUUCUUGAAAAAAAAAAUUUAGAGGUGGGGUGGGUGCUUCUUUUCUUGAAAAGUCUCUACUUUUAGUUUAUUUUUUAUUUUGCUUCUCUUAGUUUUAUAUUUCUUGGUUCUUGAAAAAAAAGAGUCAUUUGGUGGGAGCUGUAAAAAGGGGUUUCACUUUUAUAUUCAUAUUUCAGCUUUGAGCUACUUGGAUCUACUCUCUGUGUUUUUUUUUUACACGUGGUUGUGUGUUCUGUGAUAUACAGAGCAAGAGAAGUUUGUUGAAGAAGAAAGGAAGCUCAAAAAGGGUGUGUUUUUUUGUUUUCUAAUGGGGAUUUGUUUGAGUGCUAGAAUUAAAGCUGAAAGCCCAUUUCAUACAGGGUUAAAUUCAAGAUCUGUUAGCACAGAUGGAUGUGAUAGCAAUCCAAGCUCGAGGGUCUCAACCAUGCCACCGGCUCCCAGAAGUGAAGGGGAGAUAUUGCAGUCGGCCAAUUUGAAGAGCUUCAGUUUCUCUGAGCUCAAAACAGCCACUAGGAAUUUUCGUCCUGAUAGUGUACUGGGAGAAGGUGGAUUUGGCUCGGUUUUCAAAGGGUGGAUCGACGAGAACACAUUUGCAGCUACCAAGCCCGGGACAGGUGUGAUCAUUGCUGUGAAACGGCUGAAUCAAGAAGGUUUUCAAGGUCACAGGGAAUGGCUGGCAGAAGUAAACUAUUUGGGACAGUUUUCUCAUCCUCAUCUCGUAAAGUUGAUCGGGUAUUGCUUGGAGGAUGAACACCGGCUUUUGGUUUAUGAGUUCAUGCCUCGGGGAAGCUUGGAAAACCAUCUGUUUAGGAGAGGUUCUUAUUUCCAGCCUUUAUCUUGGAACCUGCGAUUGAAGGUUGCUCUUGGAGCUGCAAAGGGGCUUGCUUUUCUCCACAGUGCUGAAACAAAAGUGAUAUAUCGAGACUUCAAGACCUCGAAUAUUUUGCUUGAUUCUAAUUACACUGCCAAGCUCUCGGACUUUGGAUUGGCAAAGGAUGGACCGACAGGUGAUAAAAGCCACGUCUCUACAAGGGUUAUGGGGACCUAUGGAUAUGCAGCUCCUGAAUACAUGGCCACUGGUCAUUUAACUAGCAAGAGUGAUGUGUAUAGUUUUGGAGUUGUCCUCCUCGAAAUGCUGUCCGGUCGUAGGGCAAUCGACAAGAAUAGACCAUCUGGAGAACACAACCUGGUGGAGUGGGCGAAGCCUUACCUAGGUAACAAACGUAAGGUCUUCCGUGUUCUGGACACCCGUCUUGAAGGCCAGUAUUCAAUGGACGUAGCGAGUAAAGUAGCUAACCUUGCAUUGCAGUGCCUAUCCAAAGAUCCUAGGUUUAGAUCAAGCAUGAGUGACAUUGUUAAAGAACUAGAGCAACUUUAUCAACAAUCUAAAGAUGCAGGUAAUACUCGCAGCCACGGUAACAACCGGCCUAGACCACGUAGACGGAGUGCUGGUGAUGUUGGUAAUAAACAUGCUUCAGUUUCUUAUCCAAGACCGUCUGCUUCUCCCCUUUACGCUAAAUAAUUCGAUAAGAUGACGCCUUUUCAUGUGUUUGCCUUUAUGUUUUUCAAGCUUGAAAAGUAGUUGAGGCUGCUGAAGAACCUGCACAUUUGCAGAAUCAGCUGAUUGUACAGUUGUUUUGGUUAAUGUAUUGAAUGUGUUUGUAACAUGAGGAUUGCUCACAGGUCACAACAUGUGUUUUUUUAACACACAGUAUGGGAAUGCUUAGUGCUAUUGCAUAGUUGGUAUUGACAAAUCUUUUUUCUUGAGGAAAAGUUCUUACAUUUUCACAGUCAAGUUAUUGUUUUAUGUUUA